AUGAGUAAAUUUGACAUUAAUAAAUAUAACAAAUAUAAAAAAAAUUUAGAAGACAUAAAUAAAAAGCUAAUUAACUACGAAAAUAUCGAUCGUCCAUUGCCUUCAGAUCCUUCAAUUAGAAAUAAAAGAAUUGAAGAAUACAAAACCGAAUUGGUGGGGGCAUUUAAUAACUACAUUACUUAUAUUAAACAAUAUAUUAAAACUUUUGACACGGCGAAACAAUAUGAAUAUGCAAGGACGAUUGGUAAUCUCAAGUUACGCGUAUUAAGAGCAUUAAAAGCGAUAGGAUUAUCGUUGGAUUUACCAACAGAUUUAAAUAAAAUCGAUAUUGAAACCAUAGGCAAUAUUGAUACAGUUUUUAAUGAAUCAGCAAAUACUGAAAUUUUAGUAAGAUCAGAGGAUUUAUCUCGAAACACUACACUAUUGACGGACGCAGAUGGCGCUGUCGGUGGUGAAAAUUUAAAUACGGACACACAGAAUGUAGGUGACGAUACAAAUGACACACAACUACAUGGUACAGCGAAUCCUCAAGAGACGCAAGCCCAAAUCAAUGAUUUCAGAUUUCCUCAAGAUAUUGUAAAUGAAAGAAAUACAGCGAAUGAUAAUAUCCCAAAUAACAAUAAUAACGAUAAUAUUCCGACUCAAGAACGUAAUACACAGCAACAAAUUGUAAAUACAAAUCCAGUGAAUAAUAAAAAUAUUCAGGUAACAGAAAAUGACAUUUAUUUAGACACGGUUAGAAAUUUAUUUCAUAGUGUGGAAUCCCUUAAUAACCGGGAUCCAUUUAAAGUUCAUAAUAACAUAUUUGUACCAGAGCAUAACGAUCAGCGUGUUCCAAAUAGACAUAAUUUACGUCGAGAAAGAACGAGAAACAGAGCAAAUAUGUCGGAUAACGAAGAAAAUAAUGAUGGAGACGGUCUCCGUGAGUUAAACAUAGCCAGCAGAACUAUCACGACUACAUACAAUGGAGAGGUAAAGUCACUUAGUCGCUUUAUAGCUGCAAUUAAGCUGGCAGAUAAAUUGAUAAGAGACAAAGAUCUUCUCAUCAACUAUAUUUUGACCAAACUUGAAGAUAAGGCACAGGAAGUCGUACCGAUUGAACCCGAAAGUGUACAAGCAAUUAUAGAUGCGCUGAAAGCAGGCAUUAAACCGAAGCCAUCAGAAGAGCUUGAAGCAGAUAUUUUGGCGUUAAAACUGGAUAAAAUGAAUAUACGUACAUUUACAAAGCGCGGUGAAGAAAUUGCCAACGAUUAUAAACGAGCACUGAUUUACGAAGGUUUUUCAGAGGCAAAGGCUAAAGAGCAAUCAAUAAAGAAAGUAAAGGAAAUGUGCAGAAAACAGACGCCGAUUUCGUACGUAAAAUCAGUUAUACAAUCAACGAACUAUAGCACACCAGGAGAAGUGAUGUCAGCGCUGGUGGUUGAGCUAAAUAACGCAAAACAAGAUAAACGCGACAUUCAAGACAAAGAUAAUAAAAACAACAAAAAAUCGAAUAAUUAUCGUGGAAAUUCUCGUGGAAAUAGGGGAAAUUAUCGCGGUGGACAUGGUUCCAACAACGGACAAAAUAACAACAAUAAUGACAAUAGCAACGGCAAUGGCCAUUAUCAGAAAAACUUUAGAGGAGGAUACCGUGGCAGAGGUCGCGGAGGUCAUGGUGGUAAUGGCAGAGGUGGAAGUAAUUACGGCGGUGGAAACUACGGCGGUGAAAACCACGUACGUUAUUUUUCGGGAAACCGUCAGAGCCCGUCGAACGACGGGCAAUACCAACACCAAAUGCACCAAAUGCACCAAAUGCAACAACAACAACAACAACAACCACAGCAAAUACAACAUUUCCAAUAG